UAUUUUUUAUCAAUCAAGUGGUUAAUUUUAUUUUUUUUGGUUACUUUUUAGUUUUUCUCAGAAUGUAGCGCUUAUGUAAUUUUGUGGAUGUGGACAAAAAUGUGAGCUCACCCGAUUAAAGUACAAAAGAAUAAAGAUUACUUUUACAUUCUUCUAUUCUAAAUUACGUUUUUCAAAGUGCGUUACCUAUUAAGUCUUCGAUUAUCACAUUAAACCUAAUAGAUUUCGYUGUCGUAUUUAAAAUUUUCAAAUUCUGAUUCUUUCAACUUGUCUCUUCGCAGCAAUAGUCUGCCACUUAGCUUAAAUAUUGUUAUAAAUUCUUCUCCACAUUUGACAGCGUUUUUUUUUUACAAUCCAAAUUAUUAUUGUAAUGACGUCAAAUGUCAAAACAGAAAAUAAUAUUGAGUUGGGCAUAAUGCCGUCGCAAUUGUUAAACGUUGUAAUUAAUGAUUCCAAUGGUGUUAAAAAAAACCAAACCGUGGCGACAAUUCCAUCAAUGUCAAAAUCAAUGAAACGAGCAUUAGAGUCGGAGACCACAAUAAUUCCUAUAUACACAAAUUCCAAUUUCAAGCAAGUUAAGUCAGAAAAUGGACAUUCUGGACGCAAAGGUAUAUAUACUUCCAAUGAUUUUCCAAUCAAACUACCAGCUACACUAUUAGCUGAAUGUACCAUUGAAAUUUCAAAUAAACCUAAUAAAAAUUCUAUACAUCACAAUGAAAAAAGUUUAACUAUUAGAAACCGUAACUUAACAAAUUAUCAAAACAAAUUUGCAGUUGAAAAACAGUUAAAAGCUACAGAAAAUGAAGUAUCUGAAGUAGAUAUUCGCGACAUGAUGACAAGUGUUGAAGCUGUUUACUCUGACGAUGAAGACAUUCCAAAACCUGCUGUAGAACCCUGGAAUAUAGGAACACAACGACCAGAAAUUCUUUUUCCAUUUUCAUGUGAAUAUUGUCCAAAUAAAUUCAGCAACCGUGGUGCUCUCUGGCAACAUACUGUUGCUUUUCACACUAUUGAAAAAACAUGUGAAUGUAAUUUAUGUGGACGCAAAUUUUAUCGUAACUGCAGUCUUGCACUACACAUGAAAAGUCAUUCAGAUGAAUACAAUUGCGCAUGUUCUAUUUGUGGUCGCGAAUUCAAUCGAUUUACAUUAUUGCAGAGACAUGCCAAGCUCCACUCAGAGGUGGCUCAGUACAAGUGUACAGCUUGCAAUAAGUCAUUUGAUGAUCUGAACACAUUGCAAUUGCAUGCAGCUGAACAUAAAGACAAAUUGGCAUGUGAACAAUGUGAAGCUGUAUUCACCACUAAAGAAUCAUUGGACAUACACAUGGAGGCUAUGCAUGGUGACCAUCAAGAAGAUGUCAUACAAGUCAGGAUGAAUGGAGGUGAAAAAUCAUACGCCUGUCGUUUUUGUGGUAAAACUUAUGGGGCCAAAGCUAUAGUUAAGAAACAUGAACUGAUCCACACUGGUGAACGACUGAAGUGCGAAGAAUGUGGUAUUGAGUUUACUCAGAAAUCAUCACUAAUGCGACAUACAAAGCGCAUACAUCCAACUGCCAGCACAUAGAAUAAACAAUUAAAAUUAGUUCUUUCAAUUCGAUCGUUAUUAACAUAAAAUAUUUUUAUACAUAUAAACAUAUAUU